GCCCUCACCCCGCCCCCGGGCUCCGCCUAUUCUCCUCAGCACCGCGGACAGCAGCGCUGUGACAGCCGAGGAUCCGGACAUCUCCAGCGGCGGCCGCACCUGCCGAGCUCCGGUACCGGGAGAGACCCAGGAGGAGGCUGCGGAGCGAGCACUCACCCCACCGCCCGCUACAUCCCCUCCGCAAUCACCGCAGUGACAGGACCUGUGGAGGAGACGGCCGGGGGCUGAGGAGGAUCCGGGACCUGUGGAGGAGACGGCCGGGGGCUGAGGAGGAUCCGGGACCUGUGGAGGAGACGGCCGGGGGCUGAGGAGGAUCCGGGACCUGUGGAGGAGACGGCCGGGGGCUGAGGAGGAUCCGGGACCUGUGGAGGAGACGGCCGGGGAUCUCAUUCACCAUACACUAAGGGAUCUGCCGGACAUUACACCGAGAGGAUCUGUUAUACUGGUGGAUCUACCACUUUUUCUGGAGAUCUAGUACACAUUGAGACAUCUGGUCCCAUAGAGAAGAUCAGGGGAUCUGGUGUGUGAUGGAUUAAGGGAUCUGGUGUAUUAUACAUUGAGGGAUCUGGUGUGUGAUAGAUUGAGGGAUCUGGUGUAUGAUACAUUGAGGGAUCUGGUGUGUGAUAGAUUGAGGGAUCUGGCGUGAUACAUCGAGGGAUCUGGUGUGUGAUACAUUGAGGGAUCUGGUGUGUGAUACAUUGAGGGAUCUUGUGUGUAGAUUUCAGUACAUUUGGAGAUCUAGUAUACAGUAAGAUAUCUGGUUUUAUAGAGUAGAUCAGGGGAUCUGCUACCUAAUUUGGGGAUCUUGUGUGGAAUUAAAUUUGGUCUGCUGUAAAGAAGAUCUGCUUUGACCUUACAUUGUGGGAUCUAGUGUAGAUUAAGAGAUCUGCUAUGAAGUAUAGGAAAUCUAGUAGAAUAGAGGGAAGGAUCUGGGAGAUCUAGUAGGUUACACAUUAGAUUUAGUAUAGCUUAAGAACCUAGUCAGCUAUAGAGAAGAUCAGGGGAUCUGUUACCAAGUCUAUGGAAUCUGGUGUGUUACACAGUAAAUGGUAGAUCUAGUAUAGAGUGAAAGAUCUGGUCUGUUAUAGAGUAGGUUAGAGGAUGUGAUCACAUCUGGAUGAGGGAUCUCUGUGACAAGGUAGUUUUGGGGAUCUGUAGUAAUCUCAUCUGGUCAUUUAUGGAUUGUUUGGCCUCCAAUUAACUAAAGAAUCUGCUGUAAUAUCACACAAGGUGAAUGAUCUGGUCGUGUAGACCAUAAAGUUAUAGGAUUGUCUGUAGAUUGGGUCCCUAUAGACCAGAUUGGGGGAUCUAGUAAUUUAGAAAUCAUAAUUCAGGAUCUGUUUGACAAUUGAGAGUAUUGGAGGACAGGUGAUCUGUAGAGAAUACUGAGGGAUCUGGUUUCCAAUGAAAGACAUCAAAGAUCUGGUUUUCUGUGGAAAAGAAAAAGACUUGUAGACAAUUUCGGGGGAUCUUGUACAAAAGCUUGGUAUCUGGUUGUCUUUUGAUGAGAUUGGGUGAUCAGUUGAUUAUGGGAGAUCUAGUUGAUUAUAUAGAAUAUUGGGAGAUCUGGUUGAUUAUAGAGAAUAUUGGGAGAUCUGGUUGAUUAUAGAGAAUAUUGAGAGAUCUGGUUGAUUAUAGAGAAUAUUGGGAGAUCUGGUUGAUUAUAGAGAAUAUUGAGAGAUCUGGUUGAUUAUAGAGAAUAUUGGGAGGUUGGGUUGAUUAUAGAGAAUAUUGGGAGAUCUGGUUGAUUAUAUAGAAUAUUGGGAGAUCUGGUUGAUUAUAGAGAAUAUUGGGAGAUCUGGUUGAUUAUAUACAAUAUUGGGAGAUCUGGUUGAUUACAGAGAAUAUUGGGAGAUCUGGUUGAUUAUAGAGAAUAUUGGGAGAUCUGGUUGAUUAUAUAGAAUAUUGGGAGAUCUGGUUGAUUAUAGAGAAUAUUGGGAGAUCUGGUUGAUUAUAUAGAAUAUUGGGAGAUCUGGUUGAUUAUAGAGAAUAUUGGGACAUCUGGUUGUGUUAUUGGUUGAUCCCAGAUUCUCUUUGGUCACUUGUUGGUUGUAGGUGAUCCUGGUGGUGAUCUCCCAGAUGAUCCUUUAGAUCACCGCGCUCCUCAUACAGGACAGCAGGGAUCCCCGGCCAGACAUGUGUUGGACAUCACAAGAUGACGUAGCCGUGUUGUGGAUUUCUCCAUGGAUCUUGGCCGGGACUCACGGUAGAUCUGAGCUGGUGUGAUACAUUGUGAUACACUUCCCUCCUGGAGGAUUUAUCAGCGUGGCUCCAGGACCUCCUGGACUGUCUCUUCCUGUAGUGUGGGCCCCCGGAUCUCUUUCUGUAGUGUGGCCCCCGGAUCUCUUCCUGUAGUGUGGCCCCGGAUCUCUUCCUGUGGUGUGGCCCCGGAUCUCUUCCUGUAGUGUGGCCCCGGAUCUCUUCCUGUGGUGUGGCCCCGGAUCUCUUCCUGUGGUGUGGCCCCGGAUCUCUUCCUGUGGUGUGGCCCCGGAUCUCUUCCUGUAGUGUGGCCCCGGAUCUCUUCCUGUAGUGUGGCCCCGGAUCUCUUCCUGUAGUGUGGCCCCGGAUCUCUUCCUGUAGUGUGGCCCCGGAUCUCUUCCUGUAGUGUGGCCCCGGACCUCUUCCUGUAGUGUGGCCCCGGAUCUCUUCGUGUAGUGUGGCGCCGGAUCUCUUCCUGUAGUGUGGCCCCGGAUCUCUUCCUGUAGUGUGGCCCCGAUCUCUUCUUGUAGUGUGGCCCCGGAUCUCUUCCUGUAGUGUGGCCCCUGCCCCGGGCUCUUCCCAUGAUGCCCCCUCACACUUAGACAUCCAUAGUCUUCACUCCUUGUGCCUUUGAUUCCCACCACCUGGACCUGAACAUUUAUUUUGGGAUGAACAUUGGGGCCCCCGGUGCCGCCCGGACCUCAUAGAGGGGACUCAGGAUGAAGACCAUCCGCAAGGUUUUGGACGGAUUAACCGCUUCCACACCGGUUGGGACUGUGGUCGGUGGUGGAACAGGUGGCGGCUGCUCGGUGAAUCCGUCCGGACAGCAGGGGACCAUGUUGUCUCCCCGAGAAUUGGAAAUCCAGGAGAGUCUCACCUCCGAACAGUUCCAAGUGUGCAAGACUGUUCGGCAUGGUUUUCCAUAUCAGCCGACGGCUUUAUCGUUUGACCCGGUGCAGAAGAUUGUGGCGAUCGGCACACGGAGCGGAGGCGUGCGCAUACUGGGCCGCCCUGGGGUGGAUUACCAUUGCCAGCAUGAAAGUGGAGCCGCCGUCCUGCAUCUCCAGUUCCUCAUCAACGAGGGCGCCUUGGUCACUGCAUGUGCCGACGACACACUUCAUUUUUGGAGCCUGAGGCAGAAGCGUCCAGCGGUGCUGCAUUCCCUUAGAUUCAACAAGGAACGGAUUACCUGCUGCCAUCUGCCUUUCCAGAGUAAGUGGCUCUAUGUGGGGACGGAGAGAGGAAACACACACAUUGUAAAUAUUUUAUCCUUCGUUCUCUCUGGAUACGUGGUCAUGUGGAACAAAGCAAUAGAGCUCCAUCAGUACGAGGCCCCACGUGUCCCUAGUCAUCAGUACGAGGCCCCACGUGUCCGUAGUCAUCAGUACCAGGCCCCACGUGUCCAUAGUCAUCAAUAUGAAGCCCCACGUGUCCGUAGCCAUCAGUACCAGGCCCCACGUGUCCGUAGUCAUCAAUACGAGGCCCCAUGUCUACAUAGCCAUCAAUACGAGGCCCCGCGUGUCCGUAGUCAUCAAUACGAGGCCCCACGUGUCCGUAGCAAUCAGUACCAGGCCCCACAUGUCAGUUACCAUCAGUACCAGGCCCCAUGUGUCCAUAGUCAUCAGUACGAGGCCCCACGUGCCCAUAGUCAUCAGUACGAGGCCCCGCGUGUCCAUAGCUAUCAGUACGAGGCCCCACGUGUCCCUAGUCAUCAGUACGAGGCCCCACGUGUCCGUAGUCAUCAGUACCAGGCUCCACGUGUCCAUAGUCAUCAGUACGAGGCCCCACGUGUCCGUAGCCAUCAGUACGAGGCCCCACGUGUCCGUAGUCAUCAAUACGAGGCCCCACGUGUCCGUAGCAAUCAGUACCAGGCCCCACAUGUCAGUUACCAUCAGUACCAGGCCCCAUGUGUCCAUAGUCAUCAGUACGAGGCCCCACGUGCCCAUAGUCAUCAGUACGAGGCCCCGCGUGUCCAUAGCUAUCAGUACGAGGCCCCACGUGUCCCUAGUCAUCAGUACGAGGCCCCACGUGUCGUAGUCAUCAGUACCAGGCUCCACGUGUCCAUAGUCAUCAGUACGAGGCCCCACGUGUCCGUAGCCAUCAGUACCAAGCCCCAUGUGUCCAUAGUCAUCAUCAUCAGUACGAGGCCCCACGUGUCCGUAGCCAUCAGUACCAAGCCCCCAUGUGUCCAUAGUCAUCAGUACGAGGCCCCUCAUGUCCAUAGCCAUCAGUACGAGGCCCCACGUGUCCAUAGUCAUCAGUACAAGGCCCCACGUGUCCAUAGUCAUCAGUACGAGGCCCCACGUAUCCAUAGUCCAUCAGUACAAGGGCCCCACAUGUCCAUAGUCAUCAGUACGAGCCCCCACGUGUCCAUAGUCAUCAGUACGAGGCCCCACGUGUCCAUAGUCAUCAGUACGAGGCCCCAUGUGUCCGUAGUCAUCAGUACGAGACCCCACGUGUCCAUAGUCAUCAGUACGAGGCCACACGUGUCCAUAGUCAUCAGUAAGAGGCCCCAGGUGUCCAUAGUCAUCAGUACGAGGCCCCAGUUACUUAUAGGAUAUGAAAGCGGCACAAUCGUCCUGUGGGACCUGAAAUCCAAAAGAGCCGAGGUCCGGUUCUAUUACGAUGAGGCCAUUCACUCCAUAGGCUGGCACCACGAGGGAAGGCAGUUCAUGUGCAGCCACUCGGAUGGCAGCCUCAGUGUGUGGAACCUGAAGAACCCCGCCAAGCCGUUCCAGGUCACCAUCCCCCACGGGAAAAGUCAACGAGAUGGAAAGAAACAGGAAUCGUGUAAACCCAUACUGAAAGUGGAAUACCGAACGUGUAAGAACAGUGAGCCGUUCAUCAUCUUCUCCGGCGGAUUGACCUAUGACAGCAGAAGACCCAGUCUGACCAUCAUGCAUGGCAAGGCGAUCACCGUGCUGGAGAUGGACCACCCCAUAGUGGACUUCUUAACACUUUGCGAGACACCGUAUGCAAAUGAGUUCCAGGAGCCGUACGCCGUGGCGGUGCUGAUGGAGAGAGACUUCAUUGUGGUGGAUCUGACCCAAAGCAAUUUUCCUAUCUUUGAGAAUCCGUACUCCAUGGAUAUCCACGAGUCCCCGGUGACCUGCACCCAGUACAUCGCCGACUGUCCUCACGACUUCAUUCUGGUCCUCUAUGCUCUCGGAGCCAAGCACAAAAAACAAGGAUACAGCAACAAGGAGUGGCCAAUCACAGGCGGUAUCUGGAACCUGGGCACCACUGCCUACCCUGAGAUCAUUGUGACGGGACAUGCCGACGGAUCUGUGAAGUUCUGGGAUGCCUCUGCCACCGGCCUCCAGAUGUUGUACAAGAUGAAGACCUCCAAGGUGUUUGAGAAGCAGAAGGCGGCGGUGGACGCGUCUGAAGACGACCCCUUCGCCGUCCAGAUGAUGUCCUGGUGUCCGGAGAGUCGGAUCUUCUGCGUGGCGGGGGUGUCGGCGUACGUCAUCAUCUACAGGUUCAGCAAACACGAGGCGGUGGUGGAGAUAGCGUCCCUAGAAGUUCGGCUGCAGAAUGAGGUUGAGGACAUCAUGACCCCCGACCCUGACAGCGUCUCCCUAUUUCCUGAACCAACAAGUCAGCCCCUUUCUUCGAGGAGCAGAAACCUGGCCGGUAGUGCCAAUACGGUUACCGUGGAGGGGCCCCUGAAGGACGGCGUACCUUAUCUGAGUGUGAAGAGUCGCCCCGUGCGGAUGCCGCCCGGAUACCAGACAGAAUUGGUGGCGCAGCUGGUGUGGAUGGAUGGAGAACCCCCGCAACAGAUCACCAGCCUGGCGAUCAGCUCUGCCUAUGGCCUAGUCGCCUUUGGGAACGGUAUGGGGCUGGCUGUGGUGGAUUACAUCCAGAAGACCAUCCUGCUCAGCAUGGGGACCGCACACCUAUAUGGAGCCAGUGACCCGUACCAGAGGCAGCCGCGCUCCCCCCGCAGGAAUAAGCAGUUUCCUGCAGACAACUUUUGCAUGCGUGGCCUGUCUAGUUUUUACCCAGAUAUAACGAAACGGAUCCCUACGUCUUACCAGAGUCUGACAGAACUGGCAGAUAGCCCCGUGUCCCUGGAGCUGGACCGCUGCAAGUCACCCACCUCAGAUCACGUUAAUGGCCACUGCACCAGUCCCACGUCACAGACCUGCGGGUCCGGGAAGAGGAUCUCCAGUGCUGAUGCCACCAAAGCCAAUAGGAGGGGCCCGGGCAGACCACCGUUUCGAAAAGCACAGUCUGCAGCAUGUAUGGAGAUCUCCCUGCCCGUCACUACUGAAGAGAGUCGGGAAAGCUCCUUCAGCCGCUCCCGCAGCUCCAGCGUCUCCAGUAUCGAUAAAGAGUCCAAAGAGGCCAUCACUGCCCUGUACUUCAUGGAGACCUUCGCCCGCAAGAAUGACCAGGCUCCUUCACCGUGUCUAUGGGUGGGCACCAGCCUGGGCAUGGUGCUGAUCAUCUCCCUCAACGUCCCCCCGACUGAGGAGCAGCGGCAGAACGAGCACGUGCAGGCGUCCCCCAGUGGUACGGUGCUCGCCAUGAAGGGGGCGGUGUUGGCCUUCUCCUGCCUGGACUGUUUGGGCUCCGUAAUCCACCCGUCCUACGAGGUUUGGAGGGACCUGAACAGCGGAGACGACAGUGAGAAGACCCGGAAGAGGAAGCUGGUGACCUUCUCCCCGUCCUCCUCCCAGGACAACGGUGAACACCAGUACGCAACGUUCAUCUGCUCCGAGAAACAAGCCAAAGUCUUCUCCCUGCCCUCCCAGACCUGCCUGUACGCCCACAGCAUCACCGAGACCUCCUUCCUGCUCCGCGCCGACGUGGUCACCAUGUGCAACACCGUCCUACUGGCCUGCUUCUGUGCCAACGGCCACAUCAUGACCAUCAGCCUCCCGAGUCUUCGCCCUCUGCUGGAUAUUAACUAUUUACCACUCACAGACAUGAGGAUAGCCCGGACCUUCUGCUUCACCCACCACGGCCAGGCUCUGUACUUAUGUUCUCCCAGUGAGAUCCAGAGGAUCACCUACAGCCAGGAGAUGUGUGAGAACCUGCAGGAUAUGCUCGGAGACCUCUUCUCACUGGUGGAGACUCCUGAGGCCCAGAACAGAGGAUUCCUGAAGGGACUGUUCGGGGGAAGUGGACAAACGCUGGACAGAGAAGAGCUGUUUGGACAAGCGUCGGCAGGAAUCGGCUCGCGCCAUCUGGCAGAGCACAUCCCCGGGCAGAGGAGUGUGGAGGGGGUGAAGAGUUCUGCAGUCGGGGUGGCGGCAGAUCUGAGCAGAGCGCGGCUGGCGCUGGAUGAGAGGGGGCAGCGGCUGGGUGAGCUGGAAGACCGGACCGAGCGCAUGUUGUCAAGUGCCGAAGCUUUCUCCAAACAUGCACACGAGCUGAUGCUGAAGUACAGGGAUAAGAGGUGGUACCAGUUCUAGUGUCGGUGCCGUCUGCCGAUCAGGAUCAGCGCCUUGACUCUUAUAUCGAUGGCUACAACUCCAGCAACACAGUGUGCGGCGCUCUGGUGGACGGGGACCACGGACUGCACCGCCACCUCAGUGACCGCCCCCGCAGAGCGGCUCAGACUUCGUCGAUUCUCCAGGGGCAUGAAUACUUUUUCUUUUCUAAAGUGUUUUCUGAAAACGAAUGAUUCCGUGUCCUGUCUAAAUCUGUGACCCCGCACUCCUGGGGACGACUGCGCAGAACACCUACAAUCCCACCUUGCAUGACAAGACGAGACGCAUGCCGUGGACCGUCACAGAGCCACAGGAAGGAGGAUUCCUGGCUCCUCGGGGGCGGAGUCUGUUCUCGCUGUUUAUUUUAGAGCUUUUUCUUUCGCUGCACUUAGAUUUGCCAAUGUUAUUGGAGCGGAGAUCAGCGGCGCCUCAGAGCUGUACAGAUGUAUAAAGAGAGAAAUGAUCUUACGUGACGCUGGGCUGCACUUAUCCUGGACCCCACCACUUCUUAUGUAAAUGUAUAGGGGCCCCCAGGGGCAGCGGACAGGUGGUAGGUGUCUCCCCCCCAAGUUCUUUCAAUAGAUUUAGUUCUACAACUGAGAGCAAAAUGUUAUGUGUUUGAAAUUAAAAUGUAAUUUGACAUCCCGA